ACAGCAGCCAGGCUGCCGGAGAGCUGAUCUCGGGAUUCGGGUGCGGAGCCCUUGGCCUGGAGGCGAUAUGGGUGGUCCGUGGCGCGGUUCAGUCGCUCACAGCAGCCCAGGGAACAGGCCUGUCUGGCCCUGAGGGAGUCCCCUUUGGAAGCGGUGGUGCUUGGACGACCUGCUCUCUACGUUGCUGGGCACCUGUAGGUGUCCCCCGAGAGCUCAGUUUUGAGGUUCAAGUCAGUGUGGCCAUGAAGGGGCUGCCUAUUGGGCUGAUGCUGUGACUGACCCUGGAGUCUGCCUCUCCUGCCAGUCCCCCUGCCCGGAACAUGUGGCUGCGGCUUGGCCCGCCCUCGCUGUCCCUGAGCCCCACGCCCACAGUUGGCCGGAGCCUGUGCCUCAGUCUGUGGUUUCUCAGUUUAGUGCUGAGGGCCAGUACCCAGGCCCCAGCACCCACGGUCAAUACUCACUUUGGGAAGCUAAGGGGUGCCCGGGUGCCAUUGCCCAGUGAGAUCCUGGGGCCUGUGGAUCAAUACUUGGGGGUGCCCUACGCAGCUCCCCCAAUCGGCGAGAAACGUUUCCUGCCCCCUGAACCACCCCCAUCGUGGUCAGGCAUUCGGAACGCCACACACUUUCCCCCAGUGUGCCCCCAGAACAUCCACACAGCUGUGCCCGAAGUCAUGCUGCCAGUGUGGUUCACUGCCAACCUGGAUAUCGUCGCCACUUACAUCCAGGAGCCUAAUGAAGACUGCCUCUACCUGAAUGUCUAUGUGCCCACGGAGGAUGGAUCCGGCGCUAAGAAACAGGGCGAGGACUUAGCGGAUAAUGACGGGGAUGAAGAUGAAGACAUCCGGGACAGCGGUGCUAAGCCUGUCAUGGUUUACAUCCACGGAGGCUCUUACAUGGAAGGGACAGGCAACAUGAUUGAUGGCAGUGUCCUCGCCAGCUAUGGCAACGUCAUCGUCAUCACCCUCAACUAUCGAGUUGGGGUGCUAGGUUUCCUGAGUACUGGUGAUCAGGCUGCCAAGGGAAACUAUGGGCUUCUUGACCAAAUCCAAGCCCUCCGGUGGGUAAGCGAGAAUAUUGCCUUCUUUGGAGGAGAUCCCCGCCGUAUUACUGUCUUUGGCUCGGGCAUCGGUGCGUCCUGUGUCAGCCUCCUCACACUGUCACAUCAUUCUGAGGGGCUUUUUCAGAGGGCCAUCAUCCAAAGUGGUUCUGCUCUGUCCAGCUGGGCUGUGAACUACCAGCCAGUGAAGUACACCAGCCUGCUGGCAGACAAAGUGGGCUGUAAUGUGCUGGACACCGUGGAUAUGGUGGACUGUCUUCGGCAAAAGAGUGCCAAGGAGCUGGUAGAGCAAGACAUCCAGCCAGCUCGCUACCAUGUGGCCUUUGGCCCUGUGAUUGAUGGUGAUGUCAUUCCUGAUGAUCCUGAGAUUCUGAUGGAACAGGGAGAGUUCCUCAACUAUGAUAUCAUGCUUGGUGUCAACCAGGGUGAGGGUCUCAAGUUUGUGGAAGGGGUGGUUGACCCUGAGGAUGGUGUCUCUGGCACUGACUUUGACUAUUCUGUCUCCAACUUUGUGGACAAUCUAUAUGGCUAUCCUGAGGGUAAGGAUACCCUGAGGGAGACCAUCAAGUUCAUGUACACAGACUGGGCAGACCGUGACAACCCUGAGACUCGUCGUAAAACACUGGUGGCACUCUUUACUGAUCACCAGUGGGUGGAGCCCUCUGUGGUAACAGCUGAUCUGCAUGCCCGCUAUGGCUCACCUACCUACUUCUACGCCUUCUACCAUCACUGCCAGAGCCUCAUGAAGCCAGCUUGGUCAGAUGCAGCUCAUGGGGAUGAAGUACCCUACGUUUUUGGUGUCCCUAUGGUAGGCCCUACUGACCUCUUCCCCUGCAACUUCUCCAAGAAUGAUGUGAUGCUUAGUGCUGUCGUCAUGACCUACUGGACCAACUUUGCCAAGACUGGAGAUCCCAACAAGCCCGUCCCCCAAGACACCAAGUUCAUUCACACCAAGGCCAAUCGUUUUGAAGAAGUGGCCUGGUCCAAAUACAACCCCCGGGACCAGCUCUACCUUCACAUUGGGCUCAAACCCAGGGUCCGUGAUCACUACCGAGCCACUAAGGUGGCCUUUUGGAAACACCUGGUGCCCCACCUGUACAACCUCCAUGACAUGUUCCACUAUACAUCCACAACCACCAAAGUGCCGCCUCCGGAUACCACCCACAGCUCCCACAUCACGCGAAGGCCCAAUGGUAAGACCUGGAGCACCAAGCGGCCAGCCAUCUCCCCUGCCUACAGCAAUGAGAAUGCCCAAGGGUCCUGGAAUGGGGAACAGGAUGCAGGGCCACUCCUGGUGGAGAACCCUCGAGACUACUCCACCGAAUUAAGUGUCACCAUUGCUGUGGGAGCCUCGCUCCUGUUCCUCAAUGUUCUGGCCUUUGCUGCCCUCUACUACAGGAAGGACAAACGGCGUCAGGAGCCCCUAAGGCAGCCUAGCCCUCAAAGGGGAGCUGGGGCCCCUGAAUUGGGAGCCGCUCCUGAGGAGGAGCUAGCAGCACUCCAGCUGGGUCCCACUCACCAUGAGUGUGAGGCCGGUCCCCCCCAUGACGCCCUACGCCUCACAGCAUUGCCCGACUACACCCUGACCCUGCGGCGCUCCCCUGAUGACAUUCCACUCAUGACCCCCAACACUAUCACGAUGAUUCCCAACUCCCUAGUUGGGCUGCAGACAUUGCACCCCUAUAACACCUUUGCCGCAGGGUUCAACAGUACCGGGCUGCCCCACUCACAUUCCACUACCCGGGUAUAGCUCCAAUCCAGAGCACAGCUCAUCUCCUGGCUCCUUCCCUCCCAGAUACACACACACACACACACACACACACACACACACACACACACACACCAUGUGCGUACAAACACUGACACACACAUGCAUCCAUACACACCACAUAUGUAUACGCACGCACCUGCACCCUACAGCAGACCCAUCUGCACAGACACAGAUGUGGACAUGCACCCGCAUGUAUAAAACCACCAAGACAGAAGUCAAUCUGAGCAAACCCUUCCAAUGGGGGGCACAAAGGAGUCCUCGAUAAACUGAGGACCCACAGCAGCUGAAACCAGCUCCCUGAGCCUGACCACAGACACUCCUGGGGGGGCCCUGAAAGCAACCGCUGAACACCCCCUUGGUGCUCGCCUUCGGCCUCUUGGAACUGCACCAUCAACCAA